AUGGGGCGGUGCAAAUGCCCCGGGGGCGCGGAGUGCAAGAACGAGUUCCAGCAUGCUCCGGCCACGAUGUCGGAUUGUGUUGGACGAGGAGGGGGAGGCUGCACUGCCUCUGCAAACCAGAGCCACGGAGAGAAAUCUUGGUGCGGUCCCUGCCAGGGGAAGCGCCACGGGGUCCACAGCAAGCGCCCGCUAGCGCCAGCUGGAGAUGCCGCCGGGGACGUCGGCGCCCAAGCCACCAGCACCGCCAGGGCCUCGGCCAACGAGCCUGGCAGCGCCGCAGCCGCCGCCUCCGCCAGCACCUGCCGCCCUUACGCCAGCACCAGCAACAGCAAGAAACAGCACCUGGCGCAACCCCUCCUGCCGGAAGAGAGGGGCGCGCGGCUGGCGAUCCUCAAGGCGGAGCGGGUGCGAUUAUCAAAGGAGUUACUAGCCAUUCGUGAAGAGGAGCGCAGUUUGGUCGACAGCGCCUUCAACGCCGGGGGUGACGACGCAGAUGAUGGUGAGGCUCCCGCAGUGGAUUCCGAAGACGAAGUUCGUAUUGUCGCGGCCACUCCCGCCAGGUCGACCGCAGCUGACCUCAUGUUGUCAUGCAACGCCCGCGUAGAGGACUUUCUCAGAUUUGUUGAUGCACGCGAGCAGCUGCGGACGCGCAUAGCGGCGGGCGUGCCCGCCGAGGAGUUGUACGUCGGUUUUGACCCGGUGAUCGUUCGUCUCUUCCAGGAAAAGCAAUUGCACAACGUCUCGAGGAAUGUUGACCCUGUAACGCUGGGGCUCAAGGCGGCGGCCAUCAGCUUCAUUGGUGGCGGCGCUGCGCCGAGGGGGGUCCCUCCAGCGGCGCCCGACCCUGUAACGCUGGCACCCGCGAGCUUGGGGCGGCCAUGUAUUCUCAUGAUCGCCAUCUGGCGGGUGGUGGCAGGCACGUUGCCAUUUGCGCUGGCCCUGGGCCCUCUUUACACUUGGACGCCUCUCGAGACAUCUCGCGUGCAAGCUUUGGCGCGUUUGGUUUGGGCUAAGGGUAAGGAGUGCGUGGACUGUUUCUUUUCGAAUGCGUAUUCUGCGCCCCGCGUUCUGCGGAACGGUCUUUUCGAUGCGUCUCAAACUCAGAUGGAGAGAAUCAUGUGGCCUUCGGCCGCCCUCAGAGAGGCCCAGUCCGGUUUCUGGCGGCAAAAUACAUUGAUCGGCAGAUUGAAAACGAUCGACUCGAUUUGGGAGGUCUCCGGCCAGAUUCUCGACGCAGGUCGCAGCGAGCGCACCAGGCGAUCUCUGACGAAUGCCCUCGCUGAGGCGGAUCAUUGCGGCAUUUGGGAAAACGGGCGGCGCCUGCCGGGUUUCUUCGCCAAAGAAUUGGGAGAGGAUGCGCUGGAUAUCCCGGGCCUCAUCGUCCCUUGCCUGGAUGAUGUACAGGAUCUGAAUGAUUUUUGCCCUGCAGGGCCGGGUGCUCUGCAGGGCCUGGAAUACAUAUUUCAAUGCGGCUCUAUGACGCAAGAGGAGGCGAACGCAUUGAUGAGGGCUCUUUGGCAUGAGCUGCGCGGUCGCUGGAGACAUGCGCAGCCCAUUCGACUGCAUGAUAUACAGUUCAUGCUCUGCGCGCAUAAUCGCACCGUGCGGAACACUGCGAGGAAUAGGAGAGAGCGGACUGCAUUCCAGCGCAUGAUGGGCCAAUGGGUUGCGGAAGCAUGCGCAGCUCUAGCAGGCGGCGCGCCCUUUGGCGUAGUGAGCGCGCAGUUCGUGGCGCGGCUGCAAUCCCUGCCCGACGUCCGUUGA